AUUAAUAACGAGAUUUUUAUUUUUUCUUUAUAUUAUUAUUUUUAUAAAUUAUGAAUAAUUGUGCCUUCUAUUUUAGAAAUAUAAUAUUUAGUCUUUUUUAAUAUUUUACACAGACAGGAAUUGAAAAGUUAUUAUUAUGACAGAAUAUCAAUAAGUAUUGUUUAUGAAUAAUUACUUUGUUAUAAAUUCCCAUGAAUACAAUAUCAUGUACAAAGGAUAAUGAAUUUCUACUUAAUCUAAGAACUGAAAACCUGUAUUUGAUUCUAUGAUACUGUUAAUGAUUAAAUAUUAAAUAAAAAUUUAUUAUAUUAAUAAAAAAUGAAUAAUUGAUGCAAUUUUAAUACAAUAGACAUAGUUUAUCAAACAAAUUUUUGAGGUUAUUUCUGGUUGUAUAUUUUAUUUAUAUGUAUAUUUUCUUAUUAGUUUAUACUUUUUUAUUAUUUCAUACAUGUGUGUGUGUGCAUGUGUGUAUCUAUAUAUAGACAGUAUCUACAUAUAGAUGACAAUGGCAAUAUGACAAAAAAUUUAAAGUAAUUAUAAAACUACAAAAGUUCUGAUACACAAUAUAUCAAUACCAACCAUUUAUACUGUAAGAGUAUAUUUAAUUGUGCUUGGAAAGACCUUUUUUUUAUUGAUUUUUAAUAUUUUUUUUAUAUAGGAUGAGAUUAUUUAAAAAAAAAAUCAUUCUUUGAUCUCGCAAUAUGAUACUUAUUAUGUCUCAUUACUUUUAUUAUGUCUCAAAAAUUUUGUAAACAGUUUUGUUUGAUUAGAUUCAAUAUGCAGUAUUAGAUCAUAUAUAAUAUUAUUAUAAUAAUAAUUUUUCAUUAUAGGGAGAUACUCAGGGAGAUUUUUUAGAGAAAAAAAUUUAUAGGAAAUGAAAGAAUUUUAUAAGAAAAAAAAUGUUAUUCGAUUAAUUGUUAUCUAUUGAGACACACACACACAGAAAAUGAAAGAUGAUCGUGUUAGAGAUAAACAAUACGUUCGUACUAAACAUCAGAUAACAUUCUUCUUCGAUUAUUUUAUGUAAUAUAAUAAAUAUAAUAAUAAAUAUAAUAUAAUAUAAUACAAAUGCACAACGGCAUCACAUCGUUUCGAGAUUUAUUAAAUUCUAAUUUAGUAUUUAGAUAGCUAAAAGAAAAAAGAAACAAUGUCCUGUUUACGUAGAAUGUUUUGUUUACAUAGAAAUUUUCUUCACUCUUGUUCUAAUCUUGAUAUCAUAAUUUUAAUUGAGAUUUUUACUCGAUACAAGAAAAUCGAUUACGAGUUCAGUUUGUUUGUGAACGACGUGAUAAGAGAAUCGGUACUUCGUUAGGUCAGUCUGAGAAUUUCACAGAAUACUGAAUAGUAUCAACUGCAACAGAUAUUUAUCGAUAAAAGAUCAAUAUGAAUGAAGAUCUACCAUCAUCUAAUUUUAUUCCACCCCCUCCUUAUUACUUACAUGCACCACUAUCAUCAUCACCACCACCACCACCACCACCACGACCGCAUAUAAUAGUUAGUUUUGGAAAAAAAUCACAAUUAACGGUAUGUACAUAUUGCGGUGCCAGAAUAUCUACUCGAGUGGAAACUGAAGCAAGCAUCAAGACACAUUUAAUAGCAUUGUUUCUCUGCUUAAUAGGAGCUUGCUGCUGUGCACCCAUACCUUAUUGUAUAGAUUCUUGUCUAAUAAUAAAGCAUUACUGUCCAUUAUGUAAUUCUUUUCUAGGACAAGUAGACAAUUUACCUAACAUAUGAUUGAGAAUAAUUAGUCCAUCGAUAUAAUUUCAUAUACAACAAGAUAACGAACUUUUUUAUGUAUUAAUAUUUAAUGUAUAAAAUCAAAAAUGAUUAA